UGAUUUUUGAUUGUUUUGAUUUUGUUUAAUUGUUAUGAUUGAAUUUUGUUGUCAAUUUAUUUCUUUUACGCUUGUCACUUUAUUUAUUUGUUAAACUCUCGGAGUUUUUUGUAGUAACUAUGAAGGGCUCAGAACGUGAUGUCAUUUAUUUUUGGGACCCUCAGGUUGGAAACUUUCACUAUGGUAUCGGUCAUCCUAUGAAACCUCAAAGGAUCUCAAUGACCCACUCGCUGGUAUUUAAUUACAAUCUACAGAAAAAUAUGAAAGUUUACAAACCUUACAAAGCGACCUACCAUGAUCUCGUUCGUUUCCACUCAGAAGAGUAUGUACAAUUUCUCAAGCGAGUGACGCCUUCCAAUGUUGCUGGAUUCGCCAAAUAUCUCGGACAAUUCAAUGUCGGAGAUGAUUGUCCAGUUUUUGAAGGUCUUUUUGAAUUCUGUUCCAAGUAUACAGGAGCUUCUUUACAAGGAGCCGUUCAAUUAAAUAAUCAAUGUUGUGAUAUUGCUAUUAACUGGGCCGGUGGGCUACAUCAUGCCAAAAAAUUUGAAGCAUCAGGAUUUUGCUAUGUUAAUGACAUUGUGAUUGCAAUAUUGGAAUUACUUAAACAUCAUCCACGAGUCUUAUACAUAGACAUUGACAUUCAUCAUGGUGAUGGCGUUCAAGAAGCAUUUUAUUUGACUGAUCGAGUGAUGACAGUUUCAUUCCAUAAAUAUGGCAACUAUUUUUUCCCAGGAACUGGGGAUAUGUUUGAAAUUGGAGCUGAAUCUGGUCGCAAUUAUUCAAUCAAUGUUCCUUUGAAAGAAGGCAUCGAUGACAAUAAUUAUGCUACUGUUUUUAAACCUGUGAUAGACAAGGUAAUUCAACAUUAUCAACCAACAGCUAUUGUACUUCAAUGUGGAGCUGAUUCAUUGGCUGCUGAUCGUUUAGGAUGUUUCAACCUUUCGAUUAAAGGUCAUGGAGAAUGUGUAAAAUAUGUAAAAACUUUCAACUUACCUCUUUUGGUUCUUGGAGGCGGAGGAUAUACUCCAAGAAACGUUGCUCGAGCUUGGACUUAUGAAACCAGUAUUCUGGUGGAUGAAGCGAUUUCGAAUGAGAUUCCUUAUUCUGAAUACUUUGAAUAUUUCGCUCCUGACUUUUCUCUGCUUUUAGACAAACCCUGUGGAGAUACAACUCAUAAUGCAAACAGUAAAAUUUAUCUGGAAACGAUUGUCAAGUAUGUGCAUGAAAUACUCAGAAACGUUGAACACUCUCCGUCUGUUCAGAUGCAAUACACGCCCGGCGAUUGGAUGGAUCCCGAUGAUGAGUCCGUUGGACCAAGAACAGUCUCUGAACCCGAAGCAGCAAAUGAAUUUCAUGAUAACACAGAUAAAGAGAAAAGAGAUAGAGACAAAGACAAAGAAGAAGAAGAUUGAUUUCUAAUUUAAUUAUUUUUUCCUAAACCAAUCAAACAAUCACAACUUUAAUCACCCAACAACCACUGACAUGUUACAAUUUCUUCCAGGUCAUAUUUUCAUCUCAAAAUUUCUGUAAUAUUUUCAACUCAUUUUCAUUCUGCUGAUUUUAAUAGCCAAUGUGACCUGGAUAAUUAUUUAAUUUAACAAAUUCACUCUCACUUGUUACCUUUUUGGAUGAACAAAAAUUAUUUCUACUUCAAUUGAACCAAUCAAUACGCUCAUGUAAUUGUAGAUUUUUCUUUGGCUAUUUAUUAUAUCGAUUAAAGAAACAAAAGGUCAUAAUUCCAAUGAUCUAAUCCAAUUAAACCAACUAA